UCAAGUGGGUCUGGAGCUGACAACCGCUGAGGUGCUGCAGGCAGAGACAGAGAAGUCCAAGAGAAACAGAUCUGCUCAUAACUGGACUUCAACACAACGACCAGGAUGGUUCAUCGCAAUCAAAAUGCAUUUAACUCGCUCUGGUUUUGACAUUCUUGCCUGUAUAGUUUUUACCUCUUCACUGUUUCUAAUAGAUGAUGCAUCCCCUAACAAGCUACCUCCAACUGCGGACCCCUGCUUCCCAAACCCAUGCCAAAAUGAGGCAAUAUGCAGAAUCCGUGGGGACAGCUACUCCUGCUUCUGUGUGCCAGGUUUCCAGGGCGCUCACUGCCAGAUAGAUGUGAACGAGUGUGCUUCACAGCCCUGCAGGAAUGGAGCCACCUGUGUGGACAGAGUGGGUAGAUUCUCCUGUUUGUGCCCUCCUGGAUUCACAGGGACCGCUUGUGAGAUCCAGAUCGAUCACUGUCAGUCACAGCCUUGUCUUCACCGUGGCACUUGUAUUAACUACGCCCGAGGCUUUCGGUGCAUCUGCUAUGUCGGUUUCCAAGGUCACCGAUGCGAAAUCAACAUUGAUGAAUGCCAGGAGCAGCCAUGCCAAAACGGGGCUCUGUGUAUUGAUGGGGUGAAUGAAUACAGCUGUGAUUGCUCACAGACAAUAUUCACUGGCCCACACUGUGAGAAGCCGCUGCCACAAUGCUACUCUGAUCCCUGCUUCAACAGCGCCAUCUGUGAGGACAGCCAGGGUAACUACACCUGCGAAUGCUGGCCGGGGUUUGAGGGGCGUAACUGUGAGAUAGACACCAAUGAGUGCAGCAGCAGUCCGUGCAUGCAUGGUGGUAGCUGUGUGGAGAGGUCAUUGCAGGCUUUGUACGGGAGCGAGCCUCUGCUACCUGAACACUAUAACCACAGAUUUGCUGCAGGCUACAUCUGCAUCUGUCCUCCAGGAACAGCAGGUUCCCACUGCCAAGAGGUUAUAAACCACUGUGAGUCCAGUCCCUGCCAGAAUGGGGGUAGAUGUGAAAGCUUCGUCGGAGGCUUCAUCUGCCACUGCCUUAAACACAGUCAUGACGGCAUUCUCUACGGAGGUGCGAACUGCGAUGUUAAGUUAGUGGGCUGCGAAGGCCAUGAAUGCCAGAACCAAGGCUCCUGCUCUCCGUUCCUGCUGGAUGAGACUCACGGUUACAUCUGUUCCUGCACACCUGGAUACACCGGACCACUUUGCAACACCCCAACCACGUUUUCCUUCGAGCGCAGAGGAUAUCUAUUGCUUCACAACCCUCUGUUGAAUGCUGAUUUGACCUGCAACAUCACUCUGAGCUUCAAGACUGUUUUGCCUUCUGCGUUGUUGUUCCAAAGGAACAUCUGGGGGCUGCUGCUGCGGCUUGAGCUGGAGGGGGGUCAGUUGGUUCUGGCACUGAGGUGGGAAGAAUCUGCUGGGACUGAAGCUGAGAGUCAGGCUCUGGAGCUUCGGCAUAAUGUCACAGAUGGAGAAUGGCAUACUGUGGAGGCUGUGCUCACAAACAGUGUCCUGAGCCUUAGAUUACUAAGUGAUGCUGGAAACUGUGGGAUUCAGUCAUGCCACAGGGUGACCCCAGUCCAAAGCACUCUGAUAGGGCUUGAGACUUCCCCUCAGAACACUUUUAUUGGGGGGUCACUCGAAGAUCCAAGUGGGUCCAGCAGAUACCCUGCCUCGCCCGCGUUCAUUGGCUGCAUGCGUGAUGUGUUUGUCGACUGGCAGCUUGUUGUUCCACUGGAGUGGCUGAGCGACUCUACUGUCAACGUGUCUCCCGGCUGCAGCCACAGGGACCGCUGCCGGGAUGAGCCGUGCCAAAACAGAGCCCAAUGCGUAAACCUGUGGCAGAGCUACCAGUGUCAGUGUGCCAGGCCUUACAAGGGGCAUGACUGCGAGGAGGAGCACGUUCCUGCUCGCUUUGGGAAUGAGGACUCAGACAGCCUUGCAGCCUUCAGCAUCACCGAUGAUCUGGCUCAGAACCUGUCCAUCUCCCUGUUCCUGCGCACUCGGAGGAAGAACGGACUCCUCCUGGUGCUUGCCAACAGCAGCAGCCCAUACCUGCACAUGUGGCUUGAGGCCGGCAGGGUCACACUUCGUCUCCAUAACUCUGAGAGCCUCAAAGCAAGAAGAGCGAUUCACGAUGGAGAGGUCCACUUUGUAAAUGUAGAGGUGCUGGAUGGUCAGAUGUCGCUGUAUGUAGCAGGUCAGAAACAGGGGGAUGCAGAUGUAAGGACCGUCGACGUCCAAGCAGGUGAUUGGGUUUUUGUAGGAGGUCUUCUGGAGAAGAGAACCACGUCAGAGUUUGGUGGAUUUUUUAAAGGCUGCAUCCAGGAUUUGAGGAUCAGUGACAGGAGGCUGCAGUUCUUCGGACUGGACACUUUGGUGAGGUCGUAUCCUCUUGAGUUUAUGGAAAAUGUAACUGCUGGCUGCUCUGGAGACAACGCCUGCAGUAGAAAUCCAUGUCUGAACGGGGGAAUUUGCUUCUCUGAAUGGGAUGACUUCACCUGCACCUGCCCCAGCAGCACAGCAGGGCGGCGCUGUGAGGAGGUAAAGUGGUGCGAGCUGUCAGCGUGUCCCACAGCUGCAGAGUGCAAGAUGCUGCAGCAGGGAUAUGAAUGUUACUCCAACGCAACUUUCCUCAACGACAACACUGUGAUUGCCUAUCGGGGAAAUGGCCACAUAUUCCGAAACAUCACCAAUGUGUCUCUAACCCUCCGCACACGGAAACGUAAUGCAGCCAUCCUGCAUGCAGAGAAAGGUUCCUCCUUCAUCACACUUUCUGUUCAGGAUGGAGUCCUCUUCUUGGAGCUUCAGAGCUCCUCUGGAGGCCUCUCUAGGUUGGAGGAUGAGGAUAAAGAGGUGAUAAAAGAGGAGGAUAUGUCAACGGUGAGCCUCAGCAGCAAGAAGAGCAUCAUUGAUGGCGAGUGGCACACAGUACAUCUGUUCAUGGUGGCACCAUGGGCUCAGUCCUCUCGUUGGUCUUUGGUGCUGGAUGACGAAAUAGAGGAAGCCAGCAUCUCCAGGAGCCAGGGUAGCAACCUGAACUUCCUCAGAGAAGGGGUGGACAUCUACCUGGGUGGCCUGGCUCCUAACACGGGCUGGUCCCUGGUUGGUUGUCUGGGCACAGUGGAGCUGGGUGGCAUUGCUCUGCCUUACUUCAGAUCUUCAGAGGUGAACCUCCCACGUCUGCAGAAGGAGCAGUUUGUUCAAACAUCGUCAGAGCCUGCACUUCCUGGCUGCAUUGGGGCCCCAGUGUGUGAACCCAGCCCCUGUCUGAACAACGGGCAGUGCCAGGACCUUUUCAACACCUACAAUUGCACCUGUGCUGAGGGCUGGGCCGGCAGACGCUGCAAUGUCCUGAUAGAUACCUGUGCUUCGAGCCCUUGUGUCCAUGGUAACUGUACCGUCAAUGGGUUCACCUAUGAGUGCACCUGUGAGUUUGGUUACACGGGCGUGGACUGUGAGGAAGAGGUGGAUGUGUGUGAAAACCACAUGUGUGCCAACGGAGCCACCUGUCUCCAUGGGCCAGAAAAAUAUGCCUGCCUCUGUGCUGAGAACUACACUGGAUCCCUCUGCAGUGAACGCGUGGAAGAAACUCCUUGGUACAUCAUUGCCAGAAAAAUCAGGCCCAAGCUGCCUGUUUCUGUGUGUGGCGAUGAGACAAGAAAUUACACUUGCUUUAAUGGAGGGAACUGCACUGACCAGGAGCUCUCCUGCGACUGUCCUCCAGGAUUCAUAGGACACAGGUGCGAACAAGAAGUGGAUGAGUGCAGAUCCCACCCGUGUAUGAAUGGAGGCUACUGUCGAAACCUGAUCAACAGGUUCGUCUGCGUGUGCGAGAUGAGCUUCGCCGGAGACACGUGCCAGACCGACGUAAGCGACAUUUACUUCUACGUGGCGGUGCUGCUGUGGCAGAACCUCUUCCAGCUGCUGUCCUACCUCAUCUUCAGGCUGGACGAUGGGCCGGAGGUGGACUGGGGAGCGAAUGACUGAAUGUAUGUGGGUGUGGAUCUGCUGUGAAUAUCAACAGGACUAUUUAGGAAAAUGUCUGCAUUUGAGUAAUUGUUGGGUUGUAAGUGAUAAGAAUGGACAUUCAUUUUGGAGAAAAGCGGUACUCAGACGGAGAAAAAAUUAGGGAAUUCUGUAGUUUGAUUUCUAGGACUAUAGAGCAAUUCCGUGCCUUUCAAAAAAGCAGCACUUUAGAUAUAGUAGGUAUUUAUAAAAUUUAUUGUGUUUGUCCAUGAAAGAACGAGCACAUAUGUGCUGAUAUACAAACACUGCUCUGCUUCUUUCUUUUAAAUGUUAGUAUCUGAGUCACAAAGCAAAUGGCACUAAUGAUACCCAGGCGCAAAUGUGCUCAUGAGCUUUUUGCACUGUUUCCGGGUCAGGAUACCGUCGCUAUUGCUCUCCAAAAGACUGGGGAUGUUUUUACUGUGCUCAAUUUUAUUUUGCAUAAUGAGGUCAUGUCUUAUUUACAGAUGUUUGUAACUGACAUCUAUUAUUAUUCAACUGUGGAUGUAAUGCAUUAUUAAUUGGAAUAAUCCAUAAACAUCAAAUUUCUCUGUUAAAUAUAGAAUUGCCACAACAGAAAGACAGGCAUGUCUUUGGCAAUUAAGGCAACUGCUUGUAAAGUACAUGUUGCAAACAGCACUGGUCUUAGAAUAAUGCUAGCCUUUGCCCUGGGUACAGUUUGCAUAAAUACUGCGAGACAAACAGAACGCAAAAGACACAAAUUGAUACAACAGAAACAAGAAAUAAAUGCUAAAUUCUAGGUCGCUAUUCUGGGGACUAUUAUAGGAAAUAGACUUUAAAUUUAAACCUAUGUUGUAAUAAUUUUCUUACAAACUAUCUAAUAUACUAUAAAAAAUAUAUUGUGGUACAACCUGUUCAAGCCUAAUGUACAUACAGUAAAUGUGGGCCAAUGCAUGCAUAACACCUUUUUAUAUGUGGGAACACUGCAGGCCAGAUGCUUUUUGCUGCGCAGUGCAGUUUGAGGUGCAAAUCUUCCUUUGCAAGAGCUUUGUAAUUUUAUGCAUGGUAAUGCAACAGGAGUAAAUCUGAGUAAAGGGUUUCAUCAUAUGUUUGCAAAUUUGGUACAGUUUAAUUUAAAAAUUUUUAACUUUGGUGUGGACAGGUAAACACAGGUUUCCAAAAGUAACACCAUGCUAAACUACUUGCUUCCUGCAGGGCUUCAGAACUGUCACUAGCUUUUUCCUUUUGUAGUCUGGGCAUCAUCAUGAGACGUGCUUUUUAAAGAUACUAUCCAGUGGUGAAUUUUAUUUUCACUAACAAAUGCACAGUUAUAACGAAAACAUGGCUGGGUUAUGAAGUACGGUUUCCUACCACAGGAUUUCACUAAAGUGUUUUUUUAAAAGUGCACAGAAGGAAAUGAAAAACAGCUAAUUUAGCUUUGUGAGUAUUUGGGUCGAUGACAUCACAAGAGGCACAAGAAUCCAGCUGAUCUGUAGGAAUUAAUUACUGUUGAAAGUGGAAUUUAAUUAAAAUGUGAUUAAAAAUUAAAUGAAACAAAAACAAUAAGACUAUCACAAAUGGACUUACUGAACAGAAUUUUAUCAGCGGCCCAAUGUGACCAGAGGCUUUUUUUUUUUUGGUGGCUAGAUUUUGUCUUAAGAUUUUACAAAUAAACAGAAAAACUGACCAUUAGAUGUUAUUGUGUAGGCGUCAAACUGUAUCUAAGAUGAGUUUGAUUGAUUUUACAGGGUAGUCGAGCAUCUACCUUUAGUAGGAUGGGAGCCAAGAGAAACAGGAGCUAAAGCAGAUUUUUUUAGACUGAUAGCAACAUAUUUGAGCACUUUAAAUUAGAAAUCGUGAAUAUGUUAAUGAUAACUUUAAACGUUCUAAAAAUACAUUUUUUGUCUGUCCAAUAACAUAAAACUCUUAGUUACUAUGUUGUAAAGGGAAAAAUGCUCUGCUUUCAGAAAAGACAUUUUUGUUGAGCUGAGGAACAAUAUAAAAUCCCAGUUAUUUUUAUGUUUGCCACUAUCUGAUAACCUGUCAGUCUCGUCUGAACUUUUGGGUUUGGAAGCCGUGUACGGAUAAGUUUGUGAACUCUGAAAAACAGAGCUAUAGCUACAAAAGCUCCUGGAGGGCCCCGGAUGUCUCACUUGUUCUUGAUGUGCGUUCAGGGCGGCUCGUGACUGACUGCUGAGCGUUGUUUUGCACCAAAGAAGAAGUUUUCUGCAUUUCUGCUUUUUGUCUGAGCCAAAGAAAUGUUAAGCCCUAAACUCUCAGCGGUUCUGUUUCAGCUGUACAUUUAAAUGUGUUACUGCUGUGGUCAGCGCUGAAACAAACACGUAUGUUUUUCAUGGUAGGCUUCAUGUACGGUUGUUUGAAUUUUAGAACAUCAGGCUGAACGAUCAAGUGUAUGAGUGUAAUGUCAUGUUUGUCAAUCAUAUUCUGUCUGUGUGUCUUGUCUUUAUCUAUCCUGUUGUUUAAUAAAACCAAAUCAAGAAUAA